AUGAAAUUUCAAACUGUACGUAUAAAGUCGAAACUUGUUGAUAAUGAUCUCAUUGUUUACAUUUUAAAUUCGAAUGAUAUUUUAAUUCAAACAGAAACACUUCAUGUAAACAAUCGAAAUUCCGAAAUAUUCAAAUGGUUUGCUAUCCCAAUUACUUGUGAGAUUGAAAAUAAUUAUUCUAUUUUGAUUUGGGCAAAUUCUAAUCGACAAGAAACACCAUCGAUCGCCUGUAACUUUGACGAUUAUAAUAUACGUCGAAUUAAUCAGAAUGUAUCUGUUCGUAAUGAACAUGCUCUCGUUGAUACAGUGCUGAAUGUUGAAAUCGGUAUGAAGCUCAAUGUUAUGUAUGAUGCACCUUCAAACAAUGAUUCUGAUCUUGCUGAAGCAAUACCAUGUAUUAACAUGAUUUUAGAUGUAUAG